GGGAAGGAGGAGGUUUAGAUUGGAGGAAGGGAGGCGGUUGACAGAAUCCUUAAAGGAUGUUUGUGGCGGCACCCUUCGAGCUAUGUCAGUUCUAAAGGACCCUCCAAGGAAGAGUACACCGAGGCUUCAUAACCGUCCCUGCAAUAUAUUGCUCAAACAGGACAUCCACCAAACAGUCCAUCCUAAGAUCAAAGUUGGCUGUCCUGCCCUCCGGCGCUACAAAGCAGGACCCUCUCCUCCUCCUGUGUGUGGCAGCACUGCUAUCCUUUGCUCUGUCAUAUCCAAAGAAGUAAACUUAACGAGUUAUGGUGGUACGGACCUGUUGCCCAAAGGACAAAGGACUAUAAAGAAGUGGAUGGGGGACCAAUUAGUCCUUCCCCUCCUCCAGGACUCAUCAGAUCCUUAUCCUUCAACUUCUUCUCAUUGGCCAUUCAUCCUUCCCUUCCCCUCCAGUAGUUGGCCCAGCUCCUAA